AUGACAGGUGAGAAUGCAAACACGUGGAACGGGAGCUGUAAUGGUGCUGGGAUAUUGCUAUUACUGGAAUACUGGAAUACUGGAAUACUGGAAACGCCCAGAAUACAUUGUCGUCGGCGGAUAGAAGAUUUGGUAUUUGCAAAGACAAGUCAGGGGAUAUAUUGCAUGGAUUGUCACAACGAAAAAUUAAAUAGGCCUCGACGGCCCAGGGAAAAAGAUAACAGUAUGAAACCUUUGUACGAAAAAUCACUACCGUCACUACCCACUGAGGAAAAGAACAAGGAACACCGAAAAAUAAAACCACAGCGGUCUUUUGACAGUCAACCCAGUCAACGCCAUAUAACGCCAAAACGCUCAACGGAAAGCUUAAACCGAUCUCUUCCAAAACCACCAAAUUCGGGUCGUCGAAAAUCGCGUACUCUCGAUGCAAAAGCCGUUUCGGAUUCGCUUAGAAAGUUGUCCGAUUCAGAAUUUACGAGGAAGCGGUCCGAUUCACUGUCUUCAUCAUCCUCGUCAUCCUCACAUUUACAAGCGCCAUCGUUGCAAAAGUUCAUUAUUUAUACAACCAAACUCGCUUCUAAAAACCGGACUGUCGUUGAGGAGAAACGUGUCUGCGGAAGUGCUUUCGAUUGA